GCUACACAAACAGCCGACUGUCGAGGAAAGGGGAUCUGGCGCCGACAUGGCUGCCGGAAACUUACGUCGAGUAUUUCUUCAGUUGAUGCAGAUGACAGCGAUUGCCCGGGACGCCACAGCAUCAGCGGUGUGUCCGGCUCUGCCGGACAUUUCUGUGACGCAAGACUUCUUCAUUGAACUUCCUUGCUUUCCUGCGGUCCGAAUGUCACUCGACCUGACGGCACUGCCAGCGGUAUCAAUGUUCAGUUGUGAGCAGAUGUACAGCUGGCAACGAUGGAAGCACCGUGACAGCGAAGCACUACAAAAGCACACCCACCAUUCAACCACUUUGAGACCUGGCGCCGACAUGGCUGCCGGAAACUUACGUCGAGUAUUUCUUCAGGGGGCCAUCUUUCACAGCGACCAACGAAGAAAAGUGCACGUCUGAAGCAUUUCCGUUGAUGCGAUGGCAGCUGAGCAAAAUCGGGGCUCAUCGUCCGAUGUGUGGUCAUGACUUCUACACAGUUUGAACAUUGCAAUGUCUUAGGAAGACGAGAUGAAAGCGACGAGCUGGCGGAGAUCUUGUUGGGAACUCUGCGGCUAGCUAGAGUUGCCACCUUUAGGUAGCAGAGUUGCGCCACUGUUUUCCGGGCACCGCUCGGUUCGCCUGCAGGAGUUCAGCAAAUGGAUGCUAUGAGCGUCCCCUUUACAAUGGGGCGAUGAC